AUGGCGACGGCUUCAGCCACGUUCAAGUCGCGCGAGGAUCACAGGAAGCAGCAAGAGCUCGAAGAGGCGCGUAAGGCGGGGUUGGCGCCAGCCGAGUUGGACGAGGAUGGCAACGAGAUCAAUCCGCAUAUCCCGCAGUACAUGUCGUCCGCGCCAUGGUACCUCAACGCCGAACGACCUAGUUUGAAGCAUCAACGGAACUGGAAGGGCGAGGGGAACUACACCAACCUGUGGUACGACAGAGGAGCCAAGGGCUUUCAAGCCGAGAAAUACCGCAAGGGCGCCUGCACCAACUGUGGCGCCAUGACCCAUACCGCCAAGCUAUGUGUGGAGCGGCCGAGGAAGGUGGGUGCCAAGUGGACGAGCCAGAGCAUCGCAGCGGACGAGAAGAUCCAGUCGAUCGAACUCAACUACGAGGGCAAACGCGACCGCUGGAACGGGUUUGAUGCUGCCACGUACAAGCGAACCAUGGAUUCGUAUGACAUCCGGGCCGAAGCGAGGAAGAAGUUUCAGAAGGAGCAGCAGCUGAAGAAGCUUGCUGGGAAGGGGGGUGAUGGGGAGGGAGGGGGGAAGGAGGGAGGAGGGAAGGAGGGAGAGGGAAGGGAGGGGGGAGAGGAGGAAGAGGAGGAGGAGGAGGAGGAUGAUGCGAAGGUUGAUGAGAGCAGGCAGAUGGACUUCGGGAAGGUGGAGAAGCGUGUGAGGACGACCGGUGGUGGCAGCACAGGUUCAGUGCGAAACCUGCGUAUUCGUGAGGACACGGCGAAAUACCUUCUCAAUCUGGAUGUGGAUUCGGCUUAUUACGAUCCGAAGACCCGCUCCAUGCGAGAGGAUCCCAACCCAGAAGGAGACGCCAAGGAUAAAUUUUAUCUGGGAGACAACCACAACCGCAUCAGCGGGCAGGCCCUGGAGUUCCGCCAGCUCACCGUGCACGCGUGGGAAGCCAUGGAGAAGGUCAACGUGGACGUGCACUUACAGGGCGCGCCGAGCCAGGCUGAGCUGCUGCACCGGGAGUUUAAGGUCAAAAAGGAGAAGCUGAAGGGGGCGAGUAAGGAGUCGGUUCUGGCUAAGUAUGGGAACGCGGCGAGUAAUAAGGGGGCAGAGGAGGAGGGGAUUCCGGAGGAGCUGCUGCUGGGGCAGACGGAGGUGCAAGUGGAGUAUGACCGGGCGGGACGACCACUCAGAGGAGUGGACAAGGCAGUGCCAUGCAGUCGGUAUGAAGAAGACGUAUUAGUCAACAACCACACAGCCGUGUGGGGCAGCUGGUGGGGCGGGGGCGUGUGGGGGUACGCGUGCUGCCACCAGACCACUCGCAUGAGCUACUGCACGGGGGCCAGCGGCAUCGCUGCUGCCGAGGCUUCAGCCAAUCUGAUGCAGGCGAACAUGGAGAGGAGGGAACAGCUGAAGGCAGCUAAAGAAGCAGAAGGCAGUGAGGGAGAGGAGGCGGAGGAGGAGGGAGCGGGCAAGGCCAAGCACACAGAGGAGAAGAAAGGAGUUGCGUGGGGCACAGACGCGGAUAUGGAUCUCAAGCUGGAUAAGAAGAAGCUCAAGGCGGCUCUUAAGAGGGAGGAUGAACUUGCUCGGGAGGAGAAGGACGAGCGCAAGCGCAAGUACAAUGUGACAUAUUCCGACGAUGUGACGGAGGAGGACAUGGAGGCAUACCGAAUGAAGCGAAUCCAUGCAGAUGACCCUAUGCUUGCUUUCCUAGGCAAGGAUGACGAAGAUGACGCCUAG